CCUCCCCAGCCUCUCCCCUCUCACAGCUCCCUGGGAGUUUCUGGGACGCUGACUGUUUGUUUAACAACGAGGGACACGGGCGAGGGUGCGAGCAGUGACCACCGGGGGCCGCAGUCAUGAGAGUGGGACCAGCAGCCCUGGCUGGGGGGCUCUUCGGGGCAGCAGGGACCCUGUGCUUCUUCCUGGCCUUCGCCACAGACUACUGGCUGGUGGCCAGCGACAACUGUGGACCGUACGCAACCGUGACCGGGGGGAGAGAUGUCAACGGGGGGAGAGAUGUCAACGGGGGGAGAGAUGUCAACGGGACUGAGGUUCCCUCGUCGGUGGAACCCGUCACCGAUUCUCCAAACUCCCUGAUCCUGCACCACGAGGGUUUCUUCUGGCGCUGUGUGUUUCACGUGGAGCCCGGAGAACACCCGGUCCUGGCCACCCUCUUCACCAACCAGCCGCAGUCCAAGUUGUGUAACCAUGGUUACCUGUUUCCUCUUCCUGUUGCCCUUGGACCCGUUCCUCAUCCCACUUACGAUGCCACAGCAGUGUUUCGGGGAUUCUGGACUCUGCUGAUGGUCCUGGGUCUGGGGUCGGCUCUGGUCGGAGGAUUCCUCCUGGUCUGCGGCGUUCCCUUCUACAGCCACAAACUCUACAAAGUGGGCGGAGCCUUCCUGGUCGCCUCUGCCUGUCUGUUCCUGUUCCUGCUCCUCCUCUUCCUGUUGUGGAUGGAGGCCGUGGACGUCCAACGUUACGUCCUCCAGGAGCGAGGAGAAGCCUGUCCACUGGCCCAGGUGUCCGUCCUCUACGGACUCUCCUUCAUGGUGGCCGCGGCCGGCGUUCCCCUGGAGCUCGUCUCCGGGUUGGUGUUCAUCCUGGUGGGCAGGGCGCUGCGCUGCGGCGUGUGAGCCGGACUGAAGAUCAGCCGGAGAGACCAGACCAGAACUGAACCAACAAUUUGGAGUCUGUGUCACGGUGUAAUUCAGGGGACAUCUUUGUCGACCGUUUUUUUAUUUUAUCUCUGUUCCAGAUUCGUCUUCCUGUUCGACUGGUUUCACUGGUACUUCAGAGCU